AUGGAAAAUAAUUUGUCAGGAAGAAAUCGGGCAGCCGAUGUUGAGAGAAAGCACUUCGACUGGGAAGUGGGGAUAACAAAACCAGUCCUGAAACUGAUAGGUCUAUGGCCGGGUGGCCAACAUCAAACAUUUCUCUUCAUCGUGAACGAAUUCAUGCAAAUCUAUCUAUUUUCCGUUUUUCUCGCGAGUAUAGUGCUAGAGCCGUCGGUGACUAGCAAAAUUGAUAAGAUUUUCGUAUGGCUGGGAAUCGUUCUGAUUGUCGUUGAUCACAAUAUCUUCAGAGCCCAGUGGCAUAACAUCAAACCGUUGAUUGAAUGCAUCCAACAAAAUUGGAGGGAAUUUGAUGGAUUAUCCGCGGAUAUCAAGGGUAUUAUGGUAUCGUAUGGAGGUCUGGAGAGACGCAUUACGCGAUGCAUAUAUUUUGUAUCUGGUGUAUCCUUAAUCGUUUUCACUCUUCAACCUAUUCUAAUCCACCUAGCUUUCCCCUCCAAAUUUCCCCUCGCACAUCCAAAUAAUGCCCGUCAUCCAUUCAACGCAUCAGUAUCACCAAUGUUCGAGAUAACAUACGUAAUCCAAUAUGUGUUCCACUGCUCGGCAGCUUUAAUAUUUUCCUCUAUCGAUUGCUGCAUCAUAUGGCUGAUUUUUCACUGCUGCGGCCAACUUGAAAUACUCGCAAAUGUGAUAAGUCACUACAAAGGGAUUCGUCAUCACACAUCUGACUCGGUUGAUGAUGAAAAGAGGGUCAUAAUGGGCUGUAGCUGUUUGCAUUGCAUUGUUAAUUACCAUUUGCGAAUAUUCAAGAUGAUAUCCCUAUUUGAUGAUGCAUUUCACGUAGUCAUGUUCGCCAGGAUGAUUAUUUGCACUGGUCACUUUAUCUGCAUUGGUUACACAAUACGCAAGCUCAAAGAAGACGGCAACUUUAUAUUUUUGGUGGUGAACGUAUUCUUCCUAUUUACCAUGGACUCGAGUUUCUUCAUCUACUGCUGGUUGGGGGACAAGUUGAAAGAGAAGAGUAUAAAUAUCGGUUACACUGCAUUCCAUCAGCACAUAUCCAGUAAGAAGAAAGUCAGUAAAGACUUGAUUAUGAUUAUUCGUCAGGCGCAGAUACGACCCUGUCAUAUCACAGCUGCAAAAUUUUUUGUCAUGUCUCUGGAACUCUUCAAAGAGUACGUUUUGAAGUCUAUGUCGUAUUUGUCGGUUCUCGUGGCUCUGAGAGUUAAUGACAAAUCCUAA